CGCUCGUUCGGUGGCUAAUGAAAACCAAAAGAAAAUUUCUAAAAUAAAAAAUAACAAAGAAAAUCAAUAAAAAUUUUGGAAUACCAUUUUUUAUUUACAUUGGAAUAAGACUCGCGCCAAUGGCCCGAUAAUUGCCGCCAUGUAUUAUUGCCAAUUUGUUUAGCCAAUGGAAAAAUUUUUCCCUCAACAUUAAAGCCAAUACAAAAAAUAUAGAGCUGCCAGAUGUUAUAGAAACCAAAACAAAAAAAAAAAAUCUUUAAAAAAAUAAUAAACAAAAUCCGAUUCAAUAACAACAACAACACUUACUCAGAGUUCACAACAAGUACUUGCCGAAACGAAAGAAAAAAACGUUGCUUUCGAAAACCACAAAAAAUCAUUUGGAAAUCAGUCAGGCAUUGCAAAUGUUGGCGUCGCCAAGUAACAGCUGCUAAGACGGCACAAAAAAAACCAACAACAAAGUGUUUCUAAUUUUUCUAAAACGACAUCCUUUUGUGUGUCCCAAGUGUUCCUCAUAAAUUUUUUGUGACAAGUGUUAAAUAUUUUUGAAAAUCGCUCUUAAAAAAAUAUUGAAAUACAAAAUCAAUAAAAAUUCAAGUGUUUAAAUUCCCAAAGAAAAACCAACCCAACCAACAACAAACCUCCAAUAUUCUACAAUAAUAACAACAAUAAAACAAAAAUACUCUGCCGUCCUUUUGCAUCAAGUCACCUGUCAGUGUCUCGACAGACAUCACACAACGUCACUGCGACAUUGAAACAAACAACAGCAACAACAACUAUUUCUACAAACAACAAAAAUCGUCAUCAUCACCAUGUCGGCAAUUAGCAAUCGCAGUCAAAAAAUGGAACAACAGCGCCAAUUGAUGGAAGCCUAUAUACGACAGAAACGGGCAUCACCUGGCAUGGUUCAGGCCAGUGAUCUGCAAAUAAACCGUCCGAUAUCAGGAUUACGAUCCGCAGGGCAUAAUGCACGUGAACUGCAUGCCUACGAUGGACCAAUGCAAUUCAUUAGCUCUACGGCGAAUCCAGACCAAAUACUUAGCAAUACCAAGGCCGAUAUUAGUUCGCCCACGACGUUGGCGAAUAGUUCGGCGGGAAAAUAUGCCAAUAAUUCCAAUCAUGCCAGAACACCGAAACGUACAAAUCUCAAUAUGGAUGAGGAUCUCAUAGAGGAAAUCUCCACCCAAGACCUGGAGGAUGAGGAGAGCACACCGAUUGUUGUGACCACAGAGGUGGGCCAGGCGGGCCAUUUGCACAGCAGUUCAACGAAUUCAGCCUCCUCGCAACCGGGUCGCCAGAGAUCGAGGCAACAAUCCUUCGAUGGCACCCUCGAUGAGGAGGAUUAUGCCAAUCGCAACAACAUUGCUUUGGCGGCUCCCGUUAUGCCCGCCAAGUCUCCCACAUCCACAGCCAACUCGCCACAUUCCAAGGACCAUGGCCAGAAUGGCCAGACCACGGAGAAUGGGGAACCCUGUGAACCGGAAGGUGACAUCAUUGGAAAUAUUGAACAAUUUGUAAUGCAACCCGCCCCACAGGGGGUGUUGUACAAAUGUCGCAUUACCCGCGAUCGUAAGGGUAUGGAUCGUGGCCUAUUUCCAAUUUAUUAUCUGCAUUUGGAAAGAGACUAUGGCAAAAAGAUUUUCCUGUUGGGUGGCCGCAAACGUAAGAAGAGCAAAACAUCGAAUUAUAUCAUCAGCUGUGAUCCCACCGAUUUGUCACGCAACGCGGAAGGUUAUUGCGGCAAACUGAGAUCGAAUGUGUUUGGGACAUCGUUUACGGUUUACGAUAGCGGUAGCAAGGAUAAUACGGAAAAUCCGCGUCAGGAUUUGGCCGUGGUGAUAUAUGACACCAACAUUUUGGGCUUCAAAGGACCACGCAACAUGACUGUUAUACUGCCUGGCAUGACGGAGGAUGAUCAACGUGUGAAAAUCAGCUCAGCGGACCCAAAACAACAAGGUAUUAUGGAUUUGUGGAAAAGCAAGCACUUGGACAACAUCGUCGAACUGCACAACAAAACACCCGUCUGGAACGAUGAAACCCAAUCAUAUGUCUUGAAUUUCCAUGGUCGCGUUACCCAGGCAUCCGUUAAAAAUUUCCAGUUGGUACACGAUUCCGAUCCCGAAUAUAUUGUCAUGCAAUUCGGUCGCACCUCAGAGGAUGUCUUCACCAUGGACUAUCGUUAUCCGUUGUGUGCCAUGCAGGCCUUUGCCAUUGCCCUGAGCAGUUUCGAUGGCAAAAUAGCGUGCGAGUGAAUGGGGGAGGAGAAUCGUGUACACGAAAGAGAUAGAGCUUAUAACGGCGGCGAAUGCGACGUCACGAAGAUCACGAAGAUCGUAGAGAAUUAAGUUAGAUUAGGUUAAGGAUACAAAUUUGUUUUGAAAUAGGUUUUAUUUUGUUAAUACCCUAGUAUUUAGAGUCCACACAGAA